AUCCAAUCUCGGUCUUCAUAAUCAUCACCAUAGGAGCUAUCUUCUUCAUCGGUCUCAUCCUCAUACUUAGUAAAGUAUGCAGGAGGUAAGGGAAGGGAAAAUGAGAGUAUGAAUGGAUGAAUCUAGUGCCUGGUGUUAUCGUGAAGUCUUUGACACUUGGAUAAAAAGGUUGGUGCACUUCCAGUCUUCAAUCAUGCUAAUAGCUUCUCUCUUGAUAAUGGGAAUUAUAAGUUACAAAAUUUUAUGCAACUGUAUCGUUAAGGUAUGGACUUGCUUGAAAAUGGAGAUAGGAACAGCUGUAUCUAGUGUUGAUUCUCUGAGUGCAAAACUGAAUCAUCUACUGGGCAAAGAGUUUCUAUCCUUGCAUGAAUGCAAAUCCCAGAUUGAUAGACUAUUAGCUGCUGUUUCCGAUGUGAGAGAUGUGUUCCUCCGAGUUGCUUAUGCACGGGAGCUCUCUGAAUCACAACGUUCAUUCAUCAACAAGCUCGAGGAUGCUGUCUUUGAUGCAAAUAGGGUGCUCGAUAAUGUUGUCAGUCGUGCUGAUCGGAUUCAACCUGGGAUGGUUGGAGGCGGUCUCUCAAAAAAGGUGCGUCUCCUCUACGCCCGUCUCAAUCCUCACUGCGUUGCUUACUCCAUUUCUCGUGAGGUUCGGAAACUCAGGUACAAGUUUGAUCGUAUUCUCACUAAUACUUGUGGUAUUGCUCCUAAUAAGCCGAUAAGAGAGCCUCAGAUGUGUUCAUACACGUGUGAGGACUCCUAUCACAUUGGAAGAGAGAAAGAUGAGGAGGAAGUCGUUAGUAUGCUGCUUGAUCCUUCCAAUGAUCAACGUGAUGUAUCUUUCGUUUCUAUUGUGGGUAUUGGAGGCUUGGGCAAAACUAUUCUUGCCCGACUUGUGUACAACAAUCCUAGGGUCACCGAUGUAUUUUCAUUGAAGAUGUGGAUUUGUUUCACUACUCAAGAUCAGAAACAGUUGGACAUUGAUGGGAUUCUGCAAAAGAUUCUGGCAUCAGCCACUCGCCAAAAUCACGAGGGUGCCACUCGCCAAAAUCACGAGGGUUCCACCAUGGAUCAGGUGAAAAGCCAACUUCGAGCACAGCUAGCCCGCCACAGGUACUUGCUUAUUUUAGAUUACGUAUGGAUUGAGAAUCGUGAUCAAUGGUGUGAUUUGGUAAAACACUUGGGUGGAGGUCAAAGGGGAAGUUGUGUCUUGGUGACUACACGUUCAAAACAAAAUGCAGAAAUUAUAGAGGCUGAUCAUACGCAUAUGCUGCAAAGGUUGUCAGAAGAAGAUUCAUGGCGCUUGUUAAAAACGUUAGCCUUUGGAAGUGAGAUCAACACUCCCUAUAAUUUGGUUGGGGUUCGACAAAAGAUUGUUAAUAACUGCGCUGGACUCCCUCUUGCAAUAAGCGUAGUUGCAGGUCUUUUGGGUGAUCAAGGCAAGAGUAAGCCACGAUCAGUAGAGGAAAUUGGAUCAGCCGCUAUCAAGGAGAGCAUGGAUGUCAUCAUGGCCGUGGACCAUUAUCGUCAUCUUGAAUCUCCAUUAAAGAGUUGCUUCAGUUAUUGUUACUUGUUUCCCAAGGAUUUUGAGAUAGAGAGAGAAGUUUAAAAGCCUUUGGAUGGCACAAGGCUAUAUAGUUCCACUACAUGAAGAUCAAAGUAUAGAAGAUGCAUGUGAGGAAUAUUUUUCGAUGUUAUUGAACAGAUUAAUUUUCCAAGACAUAAAAUAUGAUAGAUAUGGUCAGAUCGUGUCCUGUAAGAUCGAUGAAAUCAUGUAUGAUAUUUCUCAACAUGUCGCAGGGAAUGAAAUGUGUGUAAGAAAUACCAUUUCUGGUAGGCUUGAUAAAGAUGUGCGCCAUCUAUCAGUUAUCAAGGAGAAUUUUGAUGAAUACACUUUGGGUAAAACACAUAUUCAUUCAUAUCUUCAUUUAGAUUAUGAUGGUAUUCAAGUUUGCAAGGUGAACAAGUCAUACCUGGAGUCCUUGGUAGCAAAUUUCCUGAACCUGAAGGCAUUAGACCUGAGUGGGUUAAUUUUUGAAAGCUUGCCAGACUCGGUUUGUAGAUUGAUACAGUUACGGUAUUUAAAUAUCUCUGGGAAUACAGAGAUGAAAUUUCUCCCAAAGUCAAUUACCGAACUACAUAAUCUACAAACCUUAAUCCUAAGGCGGUGCCACACACUGAGAGAGUUGCCAGCAGAACUGAGCAGGUUGGAUAAUCUCAGGUUGUUGGAUAUCAGGUAUUGCUUCAGUUUGACUUGCAUGCCUAGGGGCAUGGGUUUGCUGACUUACCUUCACAAUCUAAGUGAUUACAUAGUGGCCGGUGAACAUUGGAAUCAGUUGUUUGAUGGAUUGGAUGACCUGAAGCCUCUUCACAACCUUAGAGAACGAUAGUGAACGGGAUGGAUUAUGCUUGGAGAAUACGGAGCAUCUCAAUGCUAUUUUGUUUGAUUUCAUCCAUGACGAGGCUGAUGGAAGCAUGGGUACUGAGGAAGGAAAAAGAUUGAUAGAAAAGCUACAACCGCAUCAUAAUUUGAAGUAUUUAGAGGUGAAGAAAUAUGUUGUCAAAUAUGUCAAAUAUGUUGUUGAAAAAGAUAGUGAACGGGAUGGAUUAUGCUUGGAGAAUACGGAGCAUCUCAAUGCUAUUUUGUUUGAUUUCAUCCAUGACGAGGCUGAUGGAAGCAUGGGUACUGAGGAAGGAAAAAGAUUGAUAGAAAAGCUACAACCGCAUCAUAAUUUGAAGUAUUUAGAGGUGAAGAAAUAUCAUGGUCUGAGAAUGCCUGGUUGGAUAACUCUUCUUUUGAAUCUUGUAGAGCUUCAUCUUACAGAUUGUAGGGAGCUUAAGUACCUGCCUUGCCUUGGAAACUUGCUUUGUUUGAAAGUUCUCAGACUUAUAAUGUUGGCUAAUUUGGAGUGUAUUGGGGAAGAUACAUCGGUUGAUUCCAGUUCCACAUUUAUGCCGCAAUUAUCAAUCGCAAAAUCAUCAUAUCUACCACCCCUUGAAACACUUGAGAUGAGCAAUCUGCCGAAAUUGAAAGGAUGGAGGAGAGGAGUGGAAGAUGAUCAUCAGUUCCUCAAGGAUGGUAGCAACCACAGCAGCAGCAAUAAGGCAGAAUUGCAAUUACUACCAUGUUUUUCUGACCUGAAAUCUUUGUUCAUAUGGAACUGUCCAGAGCUGACAUGCUUUCCGUGCUGUCCCAAGAUGGAAGACCUGACAUUACUUAAUUUUAAUAGCAGAAUGCAAAUGAUUAUAAACUGUGAAAGGGAUGUGAACUUAGAAGUGGUCAUUCCCUUUGCAUCUUCUUCGUCGUGGUCACCUCACUCUGAACAUUCGACUGCAAUUAAGAAGGUGACUAUAUCCAAUGUGUCAUGGCUAAAUUCAGUUCCUGUAGAGGCUUUUCAGUUUGUUGAAAGCCUACAAAUAUGGGGUGACAAGGAACUGGGGAGCCUGGGAGAAGCUGAAAAUGUUUUCCGUGGUUGCUCGUCUUCACUGAGAUACUUGAUAAUUAGCAAUUGCUGUAUUCUGCGGAGUAUUGUGCCUGGAGGAUUGGAGCAUCUCACUGCCUUAGAGAAGCUAGAGAUAAGGAAUUGUAAUAACCUCAGGAUAUCAGAAGAACACCAAGAGGAGGGUGUGAAGUGUAUUGGCAUCGCCAUAAGUGACAUCCUGCCUUUGCCUUCCAACCAUCAUUCCCUCCACACAUUGACAUUGCAUGGUCUCCCACAGCUGGUGAAUCUACCCAACUGGAUGCAGUUCCUGCCCGCCCUUCAAUCUCUUGAAAUUUCAUUUUGCAAUCAACUCAAGUCAAUGCCGAAUUGGAUGCCCAAUCUCCAAUCUCUCACUCAUCUUACAGUGUCCGGGUGCUCAAAAAGCCUGGAGAGAAGAUGCCAAGAUUCCCCAGGGGGGGACCGGCCUUACAUUAAACACAUCCCGAACAUUCAAUUUCAAGAUUGUUUUUACUAGGAUUUUGCUGCUCUCCCUGAAUUCAUUUACCCUGGAUACUCCAGAUGUGUCUCUCCUUGCUUUUAUUUCGAUAUGGAUGUUGCUCCAAGGUGAAAACUAAUGGAGAUAUUAGUGAGUCCCUUUUUCAAGAGCUGUAGAAAACAUGUUACCCGAUCCUGUGGGCUGGGGGUUGAUCAAGGAAGCCUCCUCCAAUGCUAAAGUCGGUGCCUUAGCAAGAGAGAAGGCGAGUAGAGCAUAGCACCAAUAUGUCAGAAUGAGCCCCCUUUGUUGUACCAGGUAUUAAACUAUUUUUAAGUGUACUGUCCAGUUGUCUUUGUGGCUUUAGCCCGAUAGUGAGGUCUAACUUUUGUGAGAAAUUAGAAAACUGCUGCACUUUAGUAGCAAGAGCUUGUCUAUUUCAUUUACUUAUUGCAAACAUUUCCUGUAAUUGUGAUUUAUCUGUUAUCUACUCAGUUUCCUCCCACUUCAA